CUCUCCCUCUCUCUCUCCCACCACCGCUGCCGUUGCACACCACUGUGAAAACCUUGCCCAACGUCCACCAACAGUCGAUACAACUCCAGUUGACCAGUUAACAAUUACAUCGCGUCUCACCAUUGUUCUAGUUAACCGAGUGAAUAUCCUUGUGGUGCUUCAAACUCUGAUUUUUGUCUCAUUUUAAAAGCCCCCUACCUCUCGAUCCAAUAUUGAGGGGGAAGAAUUCUCAUGUCCUGGAACUGAUAUCAAUCCAACAAAUUAUUACACAAAAAUACCAACGAGUUCUUCUGUGGUUACUGAAAAAGGAUAAAAAAGAAUUGUGUCGACGCUUCCAAAAAAAGUGUUGCCAUGGAGAUGGGAGAGGACUCCUGGGAACACCACGUGACCCCGCUCCUGAUGAACUGUGGACAAGAGGACAAUAAUGUCGGAGGACAUGAGGAAUAUCUUCAACACACUGAAGAGUUAUUGGUGGCCGGACAGCCCACGACGGCCACAUCCCCGCCUCUUGGUGCGGGCGCGAGUUCAGGGUCCGGCGUGACAGCCGGGGCGGUGUCCCCGGGGAGUGGCGGCGGCGCGACAGGUAACGGUGCGCCGCCCUCCGCGAGCGCCACUUCGUGUUGCGAGAACGGGCGCCCCAUCAUGACAGACCCAGUAUCGGGCCAGACCGUCUGCUCUUGUCAGUACGACUCUGCAAGACUUGCCCUCUCAUCCUAUCCUCGGCUGUCGACGUCAGGGGUUGGCGUCUAUGGCACCCCCUACCCGUCCACCGACCAGAACCCUUACCCCAGUAUCGGCGUCGAUAGCUCAGCAUUCUACUCGCCGCUGAGUAACCCGUAUGCGCUGAAAGACGGCAGUUCCUCGGCAGACAUGUCUGCUUGGACGAGUGCAGGUCUUCAACCCACUACCGGCUACUACCCGUACGACCCCACGUUAGCAGCCUACGGCUACGGCGCCGGCUACGAUCUCGCGGCGCGGAGGAAGAACGCCACGCGCGAGUCGACGGCGACGCUGAAAGCGUGGCUCAACGAACACAAGAAGAACCCGUACCCCACCAAGGGCGAGAAGAUCAUGCUAGCCAUCAUCACCAAGAUGACGCUGACGCAAGUGUCCACGUGGUUUGCCAACGCCCGGCGUCGCCUCAAGAAAGAGAACAAGAUGACGUGGGAGCCUAAGAACAAGACGGAUGACGACGAUGAUGCUGUAGUGUCCGACAGCGAUGAAAAGGAUAAGGACGACCUCUUGAUGGACAGCGACAAGCUAAAAGAUUCCAGGAAUCGUGACGAUAAAGAUCCCAUGCGCCACGUGAAGGCAGAGCACCAUCUCGACAAGGACUGCAUGGACGAUGAUGACGACAUAGAUGAUGAUGACGACCGGAAGCCGGGAGAUCUGCUGAUGGUGGGAAAUCACCACCAUUUGCAUCACCACCCCCACCCCCACUCCAUGCUCGGCGGAGGCGGCCUGAAGGAUGAGAUGGGUAAGAACGGGCCGCCAUCUGAUUGCGGUGUGCCCAUCCCAGCCACGAAACCCAAGAUUUGGUCUCUGGCCGACACUGCGGCCUGCAAGACACCUCCACCGCCCCCCAGCUCCCAACAGCAGCAGCAGCCUUGGCUCAUGCCCAGCACAGGCUGUGGUAACAUGGGCAUGAACAGCUUCGCCCUACCCUCCACUGCCAUGAGCCCGUCAGCGGCUGCCGCGGCCCCAUACUCGCGGUACGGGGGACUCCUGUCGGGGCCCUACGGGGGAGGCGGUGGAAACGGGGUGGGUACCUGCUCGGCGUCGGUAGGAGCGUCGGGGUUUCCGGAGGUUCAGACCGAUACCCCGCCCCAGACGCCACCCAACAUGAAGCUGCCUAGUGUGGCCGGCAAUCUGCUGGGGGGUCCGGCACCGUGUUUCGGCGGCGGCGGCUCUGGUGCGGGGGCGGGCGCCCAGUCAUCAGCAUCCGCCACAGCCACGACAACGGGCUACGGGGCCGGACCAGGACACCACAACUUCCUGGGCAACUUCGGCCGCUUGCAGCAGUCUCCGCAGAAGGAAAGGCCGAGCGGCAAAGAUGCCGCGUACCAACAUCACAGUCACAUGAUGGGCGCUGGUAACUCGAACCAGGGCCCCAACGAGGGCACCGCCUUCAAGCCCUUCUACAAGAGUUCUCAACCUAUGGGUGGAGGAUUCGUGUCGCCAGUGUAAAGGGCCCGAGGAGGCGCCGACAUUGUGAAUCGCGAGACGUCUCCACGGUCAGCUCCAAGGAGAACGCACUUGCGCAGCAGUAGAUGCAUGAAGACGCCUCGACACGUGACCAGUUGUCAUCCGAAGAGUUCGGCCAACAUUGUACAGUAUACGAAACGCUUGUAAUUCGUGUAUAGUGAUAUACUGGAUAAUUAUGCAGCGAGUGAAGUGUUUCAACAGUAUUCAUGACUUACUGGUUUAUUUUGGAGCCAAGACUUCAGCUGUUUUUCUCCCUUUAUUGAAAAAAGAAGAAUUUUUCAGUAGUGAAAUGUAGGCAUAUUAAUAGGGGGAAUAUAUGCAAUGGAAAGAGAUGUGUUAAAAGUACCUGAGGAUCGCAUGUAAAAGAAGACUCGUUAAAUCUACCACCUUACAAAAAAAAAUAAAAAAAGCUCGAAAUGAGGCUUUGGAGUUCACAGGGCAAAGUGCAAGGAAAUAAAUUAAGAGUAUAGAGCUAUUUGUAUUGAAUAUGAAGGAGACACAAUAGUAGUGUCUCGUGAGGGGAGAAAAGAAUAGAAAGAAACAGAAAUAAUUACAAGAAACAAGAACAAUUAGUGGUACAGAUUAUCCAAGAAUGUUGACAGAAGGAAGUAUAAAAUAACAAAAUGAUCUAUACUUCUCACAUAAGAAACGUGAAAGUAAUAGACACAUCACAGCGCAAAGACAGCGAUUACGGAAUGGAUAUACGUGCAUGAUUUUCGUGAAAUAUACUUUUUAAGUCCUAUUUCCAGAGCAGUGUACAGUCAAUACGGACCCCGUAACUCGGUCAGUAUUAAAGACGAUUUUAAAAAGAUUUCCGUCGUAAUAUAUAAUUUAGAAAAACAAGACAAAAGAUUAAGUCAUACAGCAAGUUGUUCAAGAAAUGUUUCAAUUCACAUAUGAACAGCUUGUUUUAUUUAUGCAGUUAAAUUCAUCAAAUGUUUAUUCAAAUUACAUGUUUUUAAAUUAAUACCAGAAGUAUGUAUGCAAAGUAUGAAUAUGAUAAUCACACCUUCGUGUACAGAGUGUUUAAGAACAACAUUUUGAACAACCGGCUUAUCACAGCACCAAACAGGCAAACAGCGGUCAUAUCCUGGAAUGGUUCAGCAAAACUUGGCAGCACAAAAGACAUGUAGAAUCAUGUAAUAAUAAUCAUAAAUCUUUUUAAUAAAAUAACGCCCAUAAGUAGAAUUGCCUAGUUGCGAUUCGUGAUUGAUGUGCGCAAGCGUCAUCAUGCCGUCAGCAUGCUUAAAAAGAAAAGGCUUCGUCAUAAGGAUGUGUGAGUAAGGAACCCAGAAAUGCCCCUACUCUGAGCACCUCUAGAAGCUGAAAGCUUGUCUGAGCUGCUCCUCACGUCGUCACAGAAACUGUAUCAUGUUAUCACUGCAACAUCACUGACGGAAGAAGAAAGCCAUUAUGUAAGAUUUGAGGUUUUCACGGCGGUGCCUACGAAGAAUGCCGUCUUCUGGGAUGUGGC